AUGUAUGAGCCAUGUACCAACGUGGAUAUUCCUUCGGUCCGUCAUAGAGGGACACCAAGCACAACUUCAUCUGUCAAUUCUUCUUCCGGUACCAUCACUGAAAAUAUGGACCCCAGCUUUUCCGGCCCGAAUGUUUCAGACGAGCCCAGUUUGCAAACAUUGUUCGUAGAUGGUGAUUCUGAACGUCUCGAAGCUGCCGUCAGGUAUGGGAUGACCUUGUUGGACCGUUUGCGGGAGCCAUUGUGCCGGCUAUCGUCUGAUGUCGAUGAGUCUCAGUGGCUACAAGCCAUCAAAUACCUUCAGAAACAGGCUGUACACCCGAAAGUCAUUAUCGGCGUUGUCGGUAAUACUGGAGCAGGGAAAUCGUCCAUUAUCAAUGCCGUGUUAGAUGAAGAGCGAUUAGUACCAACCAAUUGUAUGCGAGCUUGCACCGCGGUUGUCACCGAAAUCUCCUAUAAUCACGAAGAGACUCCAUAUCGAGCGGAAAUUGAAUUUAUUACGGCCAACGAUUGGGCAAAGGAACUUCAAAUUCUCUUGGAUGAAUUGUUGGGUGUCGGGGGAAUAUUACUCGUGACCAUAGCGUACGCGAAGAUUAAGGCAGUGUAUCCAUCAUACACAAAGAAUCAGCUAGAGAACAGCACCAUUUCCAAGUUAAUUGAACACCCCAACGUUCAGAAAGUGCUCGGCAGGGUAGAAUCAGUCGUCGAAACUAACUCAAAACAAUUUUACAAGAAUCUUCAGACCUAUGUUGACAGUAGAGAGAAAAUGGCCCAGGAGAAAGACACGACAGACCAGCCACUACUAGACAUGGAGGUUUGGCCCUUGAUUAAGGUUGUUCGUAUUUAUGUCAAAGCUACUGCACUCUCAACAGGAGCGGUCAUUGUCGACUUGCCUGGUGUGCAUGACUCUAACCCAGCUCGUGCUGCAGUUUCCAAAAGCUACCUAAAACAAUGCACCGGCCUAUGGAUCGUGGCCCCGAUUACUCGGGCUGUUGAUGACAAGGCGGCGAAGUACCUUCUGGGCGGGGGUUUCAAGCGGCAGCUCAAGAUGGAUGGCGGUUUGAACAGCAUCACGUUUAUUUGCAGCAAGACCGACGACAUCAGUCUUCUGGAAUGCCAGGAAUGCUUGGGCCUGGAGAAGCAGAUGGGCGCUCUUCGGGGCAAUGCCGAUGAGCAUUUGAACAAGAAACAUCAAAGCGAACAACAUCUCGACGAACUGAAGAAAGCCAUGGCCGACUCCACCGCGGCCGCAGACGAAAUCGAUAGGCAGGUUGAGGAGUUGGAGACAUUCCAGGGGAACAUUAGAGAUGGAGAGACAGUCUCGAAGAAACGGAAACGCGGCAGCAAUUGUGGCAUCUCAAGCGCGUUACCAAAAACGCCGAGACUAGUGCAUUCCGAUUUCGGGGAUUACCAUGUCGAUUCCGAUGGGGGGGAUGAACUCGAUGAGGAUCCGGUCGAAUCGCAAACCUUCAGUAAUCCUCUCACGGCAGGAGAGGUCGAUCAAAAGCUCUCCGAACUUAGGGCGACAAAGAAAGAGGGCCGUCACUACAGACAAGACAUAAAAAUCGGAAUGGAAACUGCCCAGAGGCAGAUUUCAGAUAGUGAGAUCGUAAUAGCAAGCAUUCAAGCUAAAAUAAACGAAUUAGCGAUCUCCAGUCGAAACGAGUAUUCAAGGAGCGCGAUACAGAAAGACUUCGCAGCUGGAAUCAAAGAACUCGACCAAGAACUUGCAGAAGAGAGUGAUUCGUCCAGAUUUAAUCCUGAUGCCGAUGAUCGCGAUUAUGACGAAGUUGCUCGAUCACUUCCGGUGUUUUGCAUCUCUUCUCGGGCGUAUCAGAAGCUUAAAGGGCGCUUCGAAAUGGAGCCCACUAUACCCGGGUUUCGGACCGUUGAGGAUACGGAAGUCCCUCAACUUCAAGUCCACUGCAGGAAGCUAACAGAGGCUAGCAGAGAUGCAAAUUCUCGUCGGUUUUUAAAUAGCCUAGACCAACUUUUGAAUUCUCUUCGGCUGAUGUCAUCAGCAGACGGCAAUCAAGCCACUGACGAGCAAAAGACAGUUUGGGCUAACACUCUCGAAAGUAACUAUAAAGUGCUGUAUGCUGAUCUUGCGGAACUUAUUAGAGACAUCUGCGAGCGGGUCCGGAAUACGAUUGAAUGCAAUAUAUUUACGGCCUACAAAGACGCAGUAGAAGCAGCAACAAACAAAGCAGACGAGACUGUAAAGCGAUGGGGUAGGAAGGUUAACCGCGAUAACCGUGCUGUUGGGGGAUUUUUCUGGUCUACUUAUAAAGCUAUCUGCCGUCGUGAUGGAGUCUAUGCAAAUGAACAAGGCACCCAUGAUUGGAACGCUGAAUUGACCGAACCAGUCCUCAAGGCCGUCGCUUCUGGCUGGGAGAAUACCUUUUCUCAACGGGCCCAAUCCCUCUUGCUCAGCAUGGCAUCAGAAGGGGCACGCUUAUUGCAGUCGUUCCACGACAGCGUCCAUCAUACCGCCGACCAAAACACCAGCCGAAUAGGCAACCAUGUGCUGUCUCAACAGCUACGUGUCUAUCAACAGCUUCUCAAGGGCCUCUGUCUGGAGAAUCUUACAAUGGUCACAACAAGAUCAAAAGACAUCAGUCGGAUGUUCCAGCCUGUGGUAGCGGAGAAACUCGCACCAGUGUACGCGAAUUGCACCGCAUUAUCAGGUCCCGGAAGUUUCAACCAAAUGAAAGAAGUGAUGUCUAGCUUUGUGAACCGAGCCAAAUCGACGAUGUUUCAAGAGAGUGUUGACACAGUCCGGAAAGCCCUUGGGGAAUUACUCAGAUUCUUGGAGGACAAUCUGACGAUCAAAGUCGACGAGAUGUUGAUUUCUGUGAAACGAGAUUACACAUCUGCGCUAGGUAGAAACUACUCCGCCGUUAGCAAGUGCUUGCUUCGGUUGAUUCUCGACAUCAUCACAGAGAGCGAAUCAUAUUUCAAGCGUCUAGCUAAUGCGGAGCUCGAGCGAGAUAUCACUAUUGCUGAUACAGAGCUCGCCCCUACUUCACCACCCUUCUCGCUGUCAUCACCAAAUUACAGUCCAUCCUCGCCUGAUUUGGGUCAUCAGUCUCCCACUUUCAGCCCAGGCUCUCCGACAUACAAUCCCACAGGUCCGACGAUUAGUGACAACAGGCAAUUUCCUCCUUCACCCCAAUAUUCUCCUAGAUCCCUAGGAUGGUCACCAACAAGCCCAGAGAUCUAUUCCACUACGUCUUCAAACAUUUCGGGCUUCUCGACCAAUACUAGUCCAAAUGAAGAACACGAACUUUCGUUUGCAUUUGAAGCAGAGACAGCGCGGUUUGAUCUCUUUAGAUCUCUGGUCAAUCAACCUAUUGACGAUGAGGAGUGGCGUGAAAUUUACCGACUAGGUGAUAGAAUAAUUAGUGACACUGCCAUUGUUUUAAAUGACUUGGAGGGGUGGCUGUGGGAAGAUUUCCAACAACACGGGGUUGUGCUUCCAUCUUGUCACAAUCUUCCUUCAGCAAAAAUUUCUACCUCAAUGUUUCGGUUUUUGAUGGAAACUAAUAAUGACAGGCAACGAAAGUCGGUAUAUCGCCGCCUAGCUCAAGUGCUUUUUUUCGUCUUCGUCGAGAAUGACGUGAAACAGCUCGACAAGAGAGAGAAAAAUGGGGAAGUCAUCGCCCAUAAUCAUCGUAAUUUUACAGGUAUGGCCCAUAAGUCCAUAUUACAAGAGAUUGGUGACUUGUCGGUGAAUGGCAAAAAUUGCUCCCAGGAGCAGAUCUCAAAUAACAAAAGCUGUGGCAAGCGAUGGUGGAGGCUUGGAAGUGGUACUGGCAUCAUUGUUAUCCUGGCUGGUGGACCAGGUGUGGCGAGGUAUAUGUAUGAUAUCACCCCCUGCAUUGAGAAAUUGGGUACUUAUGUUAUAUUAGGGAGAAUCUCACUUGACGACAUUAUUCAACCACUUUUAGUCAAUGCAUCAUUGACUACGAAUCAUAUUAUAGACUGGACCGACCAGAUAGACCCAUUACACUUGCAGUUCAAUGUUCUUCCUGAAACAAUCGAGUGGGUUGAUACACAGAUAAUGAUGGACACCGCAACAGAAAGCUUACUAUAUUACUUUGAGCAUUGUGACUAG